UCACUAGCACCAUCACCCCACCACCGCCACCGCUACAACACACUUAGACGAAAUGAAGCUCGACGUUACUCAAGAAGAGCUUAUUGGACACAGAAAUGCCACGAUAAGAGGCGCUGCAGAAGGAACAGCCGCCAGCGCUCUUAUCGCCUACGGUGCCGUUUCGCUCAUGAGCAAGCGAUGGCCCGCUUUCCGCCAGCUACCCAGAUCGCUCAAGGCGCUUGGAGGGAUUGUGUUGAUGGCACCUUGUCUGACUAUACAAGCAGAGCGAAGAGGAUUGGAGUUUGAUCAAUCCCAAUGGAAGGACGGAGGUGCACAAAUCAUUACCGACCAGGAACAGAAAGAACAGAAACGCUGGGACUCAUUGUCUGCUAUGGAUAAGAUCAGUGACUGGGCCAGCCGACAUGAAUACAGUAUUAUUAUGGGGUCGUGGGCUCUUAGUUUGGCUGCUGCUGGUGCGAUAAUAUCGCGAGACAGAUAUCAAACUGGACCCCAGAAGAUCGUGCAAGCUCGUAUGUGGGCUCAAGGACUAACAAUCGGAAUCCUUAUUGCUGCUGGUGCACUUAAACAUGGCCAGAGACAGGACAGUCUUCAGAAGAUGGAGGAUCACUCAUGGCGGGAUGUGUUGGAGCAACAAGAGAAGGAAAGGCGAGAAGACGAAGCAAAGGUCACAGAACAAAAAGUUUCUGCUGCGGAACGCAGAGCUGCUUGGAACAUUCAGUAAUUACGCUCUUUUUCUUGCAAGGCUUGAUUUUGGGUCGCAUCGAUUCAUCCGGCAAUACCAAAUAAUCCACGCAUUCAUUAUUUACUGUAGCGUUGCAUUCUAGUUUCGCAAAUUGUAGAUUGGGACGAUGCAAUUUUUAAUACUGUACGUACUACUGUAUGUAGUUACUACUUCUAGUAGAAUAAUUCAAGACGAUUACCUUUGA